AUGUACGCUGCAUUAUAUCUUUUUUUUUUCAUAUUUAAAAUAGUUUAUUCACGUAAAGCCUUUAUUAAUGUUCAUAAGAACAAUAUUAUAAACAAAAAAAUUAGUGUUAGUAAUCCUUAUAAUAAAAAUGUAUUAUAUCAGUCUUCCUCUAAAGUUCCCGUAUCACAGGUAAUUACAAAAAAACAAAUUAUAGAAGAAGUCUCAAUGGAAACAAAGGAAAACAAAAAAACGGUUGAAAAAAUAAUGAAUGGAAUUUUUGAUAAUAUUUAUAAACAUUUAGAAAAUAAUGAAAAAAUUUAUAUUCACAAAUUUGGAGUAUAUUAUAAUGUUUUUAGAAAAAAAAGAUGUAUUAAAAAUAUGAGAACAAAAGAAGAUAUUCAUAUAGAAAGUAGCCAUAUGCCUCAUUUUAAAUUUUCCAAAAUAUUUAAGGACUUAAUAAAAAUGAAUAUAAAAAUAAAAAAAGAUAAAUCUGAUGAUGAUGAAAAUGAAUUAGAAGAAGAAAAUUUUCAUAAAGAAAAUAUUAACGAAAGUUUUAAAGAAAAUGUCAAUGAAAAAUUGAUUUACUAA